AAAUAUUACCGGCUGCACCUAGUAACACAAUCUGAUAUAAUACAACGUAAUUUGCUGAGCGAAAUGUAUGCCUUAUAUUGAAAUUUCUAAUAAAUUAUUUACUGGUAUAAUUGUGUAUUGCACAAUAUAAUAACUUUAAAGAUUUGUAACGUAGUACUUUGGUGAAACUAAGGAUUAUUUUGUGAUUUGAUUUUCUAUACAUUCUAAUAUAUAUCUAGAAAAUAAACAUGAUUCCUUUAACGGAAGGAGCUUUAGAUAAAAUCAUGGCAGGCGACGAUAUUGACAACCCAAUUAUUCAAAUACUAGGUCAUAAAAAGUUAAUUGGUCAAAACACUGGAGAACGUUACAGAUUAUUAGUUUCUGAUGGCAAGAGAGUUAAUUCUUUUACUAUGUUAGCCACACAAUUAAAUUCGAAGAUAACGGAGUUGACUGAUUUUUCUAUAUGCCAGGUUAAUAGAUAUGCUGUAAGUGUGGUCAAUAAUAGCGGAAAACAAAAACGUGUGAUGGUGAUAUUGAGCAUCGAUGUAAAAGUUCCUGGCGAACAAGUUGGUUCUAAAAUAGGAAAUCCCGUAAAUAUUGAUAACAAUGCUAAUGGAGAUGCAGAAUCUAUGAAAUCACAAACUGUAAAAAAGCCUAUACCAACACCCUCCAGUUUUUCAAAAAGUAGUUCUUCUGAUCAUGCAUCUGAAAUAACUACAACUCCUAUUGUUGCAUUAAGCCCAUAUCAAAAUAAGUGGAUUAUCAAAGCAAGAGUUACUAGCAAAUCUAAUAUCAUAACGUGGUCCAAUUCUCGAGGCGAAGGAAAAUUAUUUUCUUGUGAUUUGAUCGACGAGAGCGGUGAAAUAAGAUGUACAGCAUUCAAAGAUCAAUGCGAUAAAUUUUAUGAUAUGAUAAAUGCUGGACAAAUUUAUUACAUCUCGCGAUGUAAUCUAAAAGCAGCGAAUAAACAAUACAGCACUUUGAAGAAUGAUUAUGAGAUGUGUAUGACUUCAGAAACUGAAGUAAUUCCAUGUUACGAUGAAGCUAAUAGUAUUCCAAGGAUUCAAUUUGAUUUUAUACCAAUAAACAAUAUAGAAAUUAAAGAAAAAAAUGAUAUCAUAGAUGUUUUGGGAAUUGUGAAAUCUUGCGAAGAAAUACAAAUGCUGAAAGCACGAAACACGGGUAGAGAACUUAAAAAAAGAGAUAUUACUUUAAUCGAUGAAAGUAAUACUAUGAUAUGUUUGAGUUUAUGGGGCUCAGAAGCUGAAAAAUUUAAUGGAAAUAAUCAUCCUGUUAUCGCUAUUAAAGGGGCACGUAUUGGUGAAUUUAAUGGUGGAAAAAAUCUUUCUACCUUAAUGUCUUCCGUUCUUCAAAUAGAUCCUGAUAUACCAGAAGCUCACAAAUUACGUGGAUGGUAUAAUACCAUAGGAAUGUCUGAUCAGGUUAAAAAUUUAUCUACGAGUAAUAAAAGUGGUAUUAUGAAUGGAGAAUGGUUAAGUUUACAGGAUGCGAUAGAUUUGUUAAAUGAUAAAAAAUGUAGUUCAGUUAUCUACAUUGGCAAACUUAUAGUUUCUUCCAUUAGAUCCGAAAACGUUAUUUAUAAAUCAUGUCCAGUUGAAGGUUGUAAAAAGAAAAUGAUAGAUCAAGCUAAUGGAAUGUACAGAUGUGAAAAAUGUAACAAAGAAUAUCCAAGCUUCAAGUAUAAGGUUCUGGCAAGUAUUAAUUUUUGUGAUUGGAUGACUUGUCAGUGGGCAGUGGCUUUCAGCGAAGAAGCUGAAAAAGUUUUAAAUAUAACAUCCCAAGAAUUAGGUGAAUUAGAGGAAAACGAUCACGAGCAAUACUUGGAAAAAUUUUCUGAUGUCUCAUUCAAAUAUUUCCUUGUGAAAAUGCGUAUGAAAUUAGAAUCGUUCAACGACGAAACAAGAGUACGUGCAAACUGUAUAUCCAUAUCACCGAUGGAUUUUAAAACACACAGCGAUGUCUUAUUAACAAAACUAAAAGAUAUUAUAGGAUUCGAAAAACUUUAAAUUUUCAUAUACAUUUACUUAUUGUAAUCUAUAUAUUAUACUGUUUAUUCAUAACGAUCUUUAUUUAAGUUUGGCAUUGAAGAUAUUUACAUUUUGCAUAUCUACUUUCCUUAUUUUUUGAUUGCUCAUUGUGUAAGACAUUAUUAAAUAAAUCCACAUUUGUAUUAGAAAAAAAA